AUGAAGGUGGCCAAAUCUUGCCGUCAGUGCCGUACCGCUAAGCGGAAAUGCACAUUUGACACUGGUUCUCGUUCUGCCUGCCUGAUAUGUGCCCAGAAAGGUCUCGAGUGUUCUUUAAUCAGGUUGAACCCCACUCACCCAAAACCCAUUGCUCCGGCAGCAACGACGUCCGAGAGCUCUGCCAAAGUAAACGACGAGUCCCGAAAUCAGCUUGUCGAUAUAUAUUUAGCGCGUAUCCAUGACAAACCCCACACUCUGUUCCACCCAGCAACAUUGAAGUCCCGGGUGCAAGCUGGAGCGCUACCUGAGCCGGUCCUGUUCAGUAUUCUGGCUUUGGCUGCCCGGUUCUCAAGCCACCAAGACACACGGGAGCGUGCCUGUGACCUUUUUCAAGCUGCCAAAGAGUCGUUCAAAAGAACACUUGAUGAGGUGACACUGGAUAAUGUUCACGCUGCUGCCCUCAUAGGUAAUAUUUGCGGAGUAGAAGGGGAUGCAAGCGGAGAAUCUCUCUUUUUCGGCAUAUCAUUUCGCAUGGCUUUGAUUCUUCGUCUCCCAGAACCAAGACCGGAAGAUGAUAGGAUCAUGAAAGAAAUCAGAAUUCGGACUUACUGGUCUCUGUACAUGAUUGACCAGUGGUCAUCAGCUGGCUUAGACGUGCCACGACAGAUUCCAGAUACGAGUAAAAAUCCACUGCCCAUGCCGGAACUGGAAUACUGGCAGCUGAAACCGGGGGAGCAUAAAAUGGCAAAAGACCACAAUCCCGGCCUUUGGGGCUACAUGGUUAUACUCGCUCAGAUAUUUGGAAAGAUACACGAAUUACACAGACAACUUGCUAACGGCGAUCCAACAGAUGUCCAGACGGAGGAACAGACCCGUGUAUUGGCGCUACAACUCGAGAGAUUUGCUCAGAACCUUCCUUCCAAUGUGGUAUACACGAAAGACAACCUGGAGCACCAUGCCAUGCUCGGACUGGGAGCAACUUUUGUUGCUCUUCAUUUGGGCUAUCAUCAUUAUUCGACUUUGUUGUACUUCCACUACCUGGACUCUACUGUUUCCCGGGUUCCCAACCAGACCCUGUUUGCAGCGCGUUGCAAGUACCACGCGGCAGCCUUCAGUGACCUUUUGAACUUGUCCAACGGGGUUGCUGGAUGCGAAGCUGUAUAUUUUAUUGUUUCCCACAUGACGGUUAUAUCGUCGUCGGUUUUGCUUCAUACGCUCUUGUUUGGGGAACCCCACGAAUUGCCUGAUACUCGGAGACGACUGUCUUCCAACUUUCAGAUUCUCCUCAAACUCAAACAGUAUUGGCCUGACGUGAAUAUGAUGAUUACACGACUCUUUACAUUCCAAGACGCUUGCAUGCGCUCAACGGACCAAGUCUAUGUGGUCGAUAAGUGGAUAGUAAAAUUUCUGCUUCAACAUGCGCUGCCGAUUGAGAAAAACCGUCGUCCACCAGCCACGGAUUAUCUCGCCGAACGAGAUAGAUUCGCCGAAGAUGCGCUUUCCAUCCUUCGACCAGUGGGAUCGGGAUAA